AUGUUUUCCUCACAUGGGAGAAAUACGACUGGUAGUAAUCGUUCUCACCAAACCCGACAUCCCCGUACACAGGUUGGCCCAAGAUCCCCUGCGGAUGAGGAUGUACAAGAUUCUCAUGAAUAUGAGGUAGAUUCCCGACCUGUCAUUAGUAUCUCCCGAAGCGGCCGCCGAAGACACCCACCUGGUCACCUCAUAGACGAGAUGGAUGACUUCGUCGGUUCCCGACACCAGCCCCGACAUAGAUUUGUAUCUUCCCCGAGAUCUAAUUCUGUCGGCGAUCGCUACUCUUCUCAUGGUCAUCACACUCGACGAACAAACAGUCAUCACGAUGUCGACUUUUAA